AUGGAGAGUAGUCAGCAGCCACACUUCGGCGCCGCACAGCCAUCGCUUCCCGCCCCCACGGCGGCAGCGGAGCGGCCGGACUCCACCGCCAUCCCCAUGCCGCCAACUGACGGGGCUGCGUCCUCCAGCAAGCUCUCCGUCCUCGGCCGUUUCCACGCUGGUUAUUUCCGCAUCAGCCUCUCGCUCUGCGGACAGGCCCUCCUCUGGAAGACCCUCACCGAGCCGUCAGUGGCGAACUCCUUCGCCCUCCGCCACGCCGUCCGCGCCCUCCCUUCCGCCGCCUUCCACCUCCUUUGGUCCCUCGCCCUCGCCACACUCGUUCUCUUCUGUCUCCUCUACGCCCUUCGCUGCAUCUUCCACUUUGACAGCGUCAAGGCCGAGUAUUACGACCACGUUGGGGUCAACUAUUUCUUCGCCCCUUGGAUCUCGGGGCUCCUCCUCCUGCAGUGUUCGCCCUUCUUCCUCCCGGGGACGAAACCCUACGUGGCCCUCUGGUGGGUCUUCUCGACGCCGGUGCUGGCCCUCGAUGUGAAGAUCUACGGCCAGUGGAUCACCAAGGGGAAGAAGUUCCUGACCUUGGUGGCGAACCCCACGAGCCAGCUGUCGGUCAUUGGGAACCUUAUAGGGGCAAGGGCGGCAGCGCAGAUGGGAAGGCAGGAGAGUGCCGUGUUCAUGUUCACGCUUGGGAUGUCCCAUUACCUUGUGCUGUUUGUGACGCUCUACCAGAGGUUUGCCGGCAGCGAUGGACUGCCCACCAUGCUCCGCCCGGUUUUCUUCCUCUUCGUCGCGGCCCCCAGCGUAGCCAGCCUCGCGUGGGUCUCCAUAGCCGGCAGCGUUGACACGCCCUCCAAGAUGCUCUUCUUCCUAUCCCUCUUCCUCUUUACCUCUCUGGUGAGACUCUUCUUCCCUCUCUCUCUCUCUCUCUCUUUCUCUCUACUGGGAUUGCCCCUCCAGCCCACGUAGGGGAUCUGGCCUCCGACAAAGUCGUGACGCGACUAUCUGACCCUCCCUCUACUUGUGAGAUAAAAUAUUCCAGGCGACAUCCCCUCAAGCGGAAGAAAGAGACCAUGGAUAAGAAAGCAAAAGAGACAAUCCCAUUGACUAAGACACCAAACGCUCCCUAAAAGGCCAAGGGAAGAAACCAUGAUCUACGGCCAGAGGAAAAUCCCAGAAGAUCGUUCCUAUACUGCAUCAAAGAGACGACUCACAGGAGUUGGCUUCCAUCUAGAGGCUGAGAGAGCUAAGGGAGAGCCCUGUCGAGAGAUAAUCCAAAAAACAACAGAUGCAGCCCAGCAGAGAGAGAGAAAGAGAGAGAGAGAGCUGUAGAUAGAUGUGCCCAGAGCAGGGAAGAAAAGACGCUUUGUGCCGAUAGGACGACGACCGCGGCUCAUCCAAAGCGCGGAGGGUUAAAAAAUAAUCUACGACCGUUGGGGAGGUGCCGAACCAGGAGCCCAAUACUGUAUGGAGCCUUAGGACAUGGUGGAUGGCACAUCCUAAUCAGAUCCAGCCAAUCGCCCCUCUGCAUUUUUGUCCCUCUCGUUCUUCAUCAUCAGUCCCAUUUCGUUUUCUCCAAAGCUCCAGCCGCUCGAUCAUCUGUCGAUGCUUCUCCGCCGAGAUUUAACUAAGGUUUUGGAACAGGUCUGCCGGCUGGGGAUGUUCAAGAGUUCAAUGAAGAAGUUCAACGUGGCGUGGUGGGCGUACUCGUUCCCUCUGACGGUCCUAGCGCUGGCCUCCGCGGAGUACGCUGGGGAGGUGAAGGAUGGCAUCGCCAACUGGCUCAUGCUCGCCCUUUCCGUGCUCUCGACUCUCGUCUUCCUCGGCCUCAUGGUCUCCACUGCCCUCCAUUCCGGCGACCUCCUCCCUGAGGACGACGCCUUCACCGCCACCCUCGACACAUCCUCCUCAUCCUAG